GCAAACAGUCGAGCAAUCUAUGAGAUUAAAGAAGCUUUCCAUGAGUAUUCAGUCCUCGUCUUCCGGAAUCAAGCAUGUUUAAGCGCAAAGGACCUUCUCAGGAUAGCGGAAUUUUUUGGGGAAGUUGAAGCUCGACCUGUGGUGAAAGCCCAGUACGGACUUCCCAUGGUCCAUGACCUGAUUCGGGAGAAGGGAACGCUGGGACAUUAUGGGGAGGUAUGGCAUCAAGAUUGCUCGUACAUGCACCAUCCCCCCUUAGGGGCGCUUUUGUACGGCAUGGAAGUUCCUGCCUACGGAAACGACACAGUCUUUUGUGACAUGAGUCUUGCAUUGAAAACCCUGUCGCCCGCUUUCGUAGACUUACUGAAGCCGCUACGAGCAGUACACUCGGCUUACAAGAUGGUUAAAAAAGACCCUUCGGUCGCGUCGCUGGCUUACGACGAAGUGGAGCACCCCGUCGUCCGCCGGCACCCCGACACCGGGGAACUAUCCUUGUUUGUGAACCCCUUCUUCACCAAGCACUUGGCAGGAAUGACGGAGGAGGAGAGCAGGCCUAUAUUAGAACACCUCUUCGAGAUCAUGACGCGAGCUGAGCUGCAGUGCCGGGUGAGGUGGGAGAG